GUUUUUGAAUCGGGAAGCUUCACUUUUCUACGCCCAUUUUACUCGGCACAAGCUUCGGCGCUCGGGUUCAUUUUUCCCAUCACUACUUAAGAUGUGACUCACUUCCUUCUCUGUGAAAUGACAACAUGUCCAGUUCAUAUAAAAACAAGGAAGGUCUUUCAAAUCCUGAAGGACCGGAAUUUACGGCUACUUCUGAGGAUUCCUUAAAAACAGAUGAAGGGGAGUUGGAGCUCUGCGUUUGUUUAAACUCUGAGGCAGAAGGUUCUUAUCCAUCGUGUGUUUCUUUAAAAAGUGACUUCUCGAAGGAUGUGCCUAUGAAUUUCAAAGGGCAGGACAAUCCAGAGAUGGCGGCUGACAUCUUGGACUGUUCCUGUCUUUCUUUAAAGAGUAAUUUCUCAAAAGAUGUUCCCAUGAAUUUCAAACAACAGGAUUUCAAUGAAGAUGAACAGAUGCCACGUGUUUCCAGGACUGACUUCUUUCCAGAAAUGGACCCUGUAUUUGAAGCGCUUCAAAUGUCCCUUCUUAAAUUUGUGAGCUCAGAGCUGAGGAGGUUGUGGGAGAGUGUAAACUCUAUGGCGUGUUUUAUGAAAGCUGAUGAAGUGGAGCCAGAUGAGUGGAAAAGGCCCAAAGAGGCUGUUCUGGACAUAACUCUGCAUCUCCUCAGGCAAAUGAAGCAGGACGCACUGGCAGAGUCUCUCAAGAACAAAUUUCUUGCACCCAUCUGCCAGUGCCACCUAAAGACCAGAUUCAAGUCCAAGUUCCAGAUGGUGUUUGAAGGAAUACAUCCAGCGGGUAAAGCCUCUCAUCUGGAUGAAAUCUACACAGAGAUGUACCUCACAGAAGGAGGAGCCUCUCAAAUAAAUGAGGAACAUGAAGUGACACAAAUCCAAAUGAGACGACCCAGAGCCAUGAGGACCAUCAGCUGUUCAGACCUCUUCGUCUCUGCUCCAGAGGGACAGAGGAGCAGAGUGGUGUUGACCAAGGGCGUGGCCGGUGUGGGGAAGACUCUUCUGAUUCAGAGGUUCAGUUUGGACUGGGCUGAGGGCAGAACCCACCAGGAUCUACACUUCAUCUUUCCCUUCACCUUCAGAGAGCUGAACCAGCUGAGAGAGGAGAGCCUCAGCCUGUAUGGACUCAUGGGACAUUUCUUCAGUGAAAUGAACCGCAGCAUUUGUAGGUUUGAAGAGUUUCGCUGUCUGUUCAUUUUGGAUGGGUUAGAUGAGAGCCGUCUGCAGCUGGACUUCUCCAAAGCUCCGUCCAUCUCAGAUGUGAGAGAGAAAACCUCCAUUGAAACUCUCCUGGUCAACCUGAUCAGAGGCACGCUGCUUCCUUCUGCCCAAAUAUGGAUCACCACACGCCCUGCAGCGGCUAAUCAGAUCCCAGCAGACUUUGGCAUCAUGAUGACCGAGGUCACAGGGUUCACAGAUGCACAGAAAGAGAUUUACUUCAAGAAAAAAUUCAGAGAUGAAGAUGAAUCUAAGGUCCUGUCUAACGUGAAAGCCUCACGCAGCAUCUACAGCCUCUGCUACAUCCCACUCUUCUGCUGGAUCACUGCCAAGGUCAUGGACCACAUCCUCCAAAGUGGAGACAGACAGCUGCCCCAGACCCUGACAGAGCUGUACAUUCACUUCCUGGUUAUCCAGGCCAAAAUCUCUAAUGUAAAAUACAAAGGACAAUCUGACAUAGACUUUGUCUGGACCCCAGAAGGAAAGAAAAAUCUGAUGGUUUUAUCCAAACUGGCCUUUGAGCAGCUGCAGAAGGGAAACCUGAUCUUCUAUGAGUGUGACCUGAGCGAGUGUGGCAUCGAGGUUACAGAGGCAUCAGUGCAUUCAGGAGUUUUCACUCAGAUGUUUAAAGAGGAGACUGGCCUGUACUACCACAAGGUCUUCUCCUUCGUCCACCUGAGCGUCCAGGAGUUUCUGGCAGCCCUUUAUAUUCACAUCAAAUUUAUGGAUUCUGGAGUCAAUCUGCUCUCAGAUAAACAGUCUUUUUGGUCCAAAAUAUUUUAUAGCAAAACUUCCCUCGUAAAGUUUUAUAGAGCAGCAGUGGACACAGCUUUGGAGAGUCCAAAUGGACAUUUGGACCUGUUUCUGAGAUUCCUUCUAGGUUUGUCUCUGGAAUGUAAUCAGAGACUCCUCAAAGGGUUGGUGAAACCAAUAGGAAGUCCACAGAUAAACCAGGAAACAGCCCAAUAUCUGAGAAUUCAGUUAGACUCUGGUCUGUCAGUGGAGAAGAACCUAACUCUGCUGCAGUGUCUGAUCGAGCUGAAGGACACAGGUCUCUGUGAAGAGGUCCAGGCCUGGCUCAGCUCUGAAAAUAUUCCAUCAGACCUGUCUCCUGCCCAGUGGAGCGCAUUGACCUCCAUCUUACUGUCCACAGAAGAACCAGAGUUUGACCUGAGCAAAUACCAACCAUCAGAGACUGCUCUGCUCAACCUAAUGCCCGUCGUCAAUCUGUCCUCCAAAGCUCUGUUGUGUGGUUGUGGUGUGUCAGACAGAGGCUGUCAGGCUCUGGCCUUUGUGCUCAGCUCUCCCUGCAGUCUGAGAGAGCUGGACCUUAGCUGUAAUCCUCUGCAGGAUUCUGGGGCCCUCCGGCUGUGUGAGGGGUUGAAGAAGCCAGACUGUGCUCUGCAAACACUCAGGCUGAGCAUCUGUGGUCUCUCCGCUCUGUCCUGUGAGACUCUGGUCUACGUCCUGGACUCAGACAGAAGCAGUCUGACGGAGCUGGACCUAAGCAACAAUGACCUCCAGGACUCAGGAGUCAAGACUCUGAGCAGAGCCCUGAAGAGCCCCCACUGUAAACUGGAGAUACUCAGACUGUCUGGUUGUCAGGUCUCAAAAAGCGGCUGUGCAUCUCUGGUCUCGGCCCUGAGCUCAGGAGGCUCAUGUUUAAAGGAACUGGACCUCAGCUACAACUGUAUAGAAGGAACUGAGGCAAAGCAGCUGACCGCUCUGUUUGACCAUCCACAGAAGAAACUCAGCUUAGACCAUGGAGGAGAGGAGAGAUUACAAAAUGGUUUUAGCAAAUAUGCAUGUCAUCUCACAUUUGACCAAAAUACAGCAAACAAAAGGAUCAAAUUCUCCUAUAACGAUCGAAGGAUUUCCCUGGAGAAGGAGAAGCAGUCGUAUCCCGAUCACUCCGAGCGGUUUGAUUAUUGGAAGCAGGUGCUGUGUGCAGAGGGCCUGAGGGGGCGGAGCUACUGGGAGGUGGAGUGGAGCGGAGAUGUGUACAUCGCAGUGACGUACAAAAGCAUCAGACGCAGAGGGGCUGGAGAGGAGAGCUGUUUGGGGAAGAACGCACUGUCCUGGAGCCUUGGUUGCAAUAAAGAGAAGUUCUCUGUGCUUCAUGCAAACAAGAGAAGGUCUUUAAAAAAGUCUGUGCAUCGAGUGGGCGUGUACUUGGACUGGGAGGGAGGAGUCUUGUCUUUUUAUGGUGUUUCCUCUGGUCAAAGGACUCACCUGCAGACCUUUAAAACCAGGUUCACUGAAGAGGUCUACCCAGCGUUCAGAAUCAAGACCCAACCAUCAGACUCCUUUGUCAGGCUGUGUCCGGUGUGAUGUGGAAUCAUUGUCAUUUUAUGGACCUGAUUUUUACUGUCUUAAAAACAUGAAAAUAGAACUAGUUGCUUAUACAAUAUAUCUGUACAGGGGAAAGACUUUUACUGAAACACAUGGGGGCUUUAAACCUUUAGACCAGAGGUCCAUCUAAGUUACUGAGAAGAAAAAGGUGAUGAAUAUUGUGACAAUAGUGUCCAAUUCACUGUGUAGGUCAACCAAAGUCAUUUUGUGCAGCUUAAAGUUUGUAAUGUGUAUGUUGUUUAGAUGAUCUAUCUGUAAUUUGCUCAUUUGAGCGUCAUGACUCUGCUAAUACAUUGUGACAUGUGCCUGAACCUGAAAAUACAAAUAAAAUGUAUCCCCGAGGGGCAAUUAAAAGACACUGAGAGAAGCAGAGUUACCUGAGUGUGAUGAUGAUGAUGAUGAUGAUUGUACUUUAAUGCAGUAAUAAUGAUGAGUAAUAAACUUCACAGCUGGAGCAGUCAGUCUCUGUGUUGUGU